CGAAGAGGUUGGAGGUUUCCGCCUUGCACUCCGGAAUUAUCAUCACGCCGCUUGUUCUCGGCCAUUUUUUUUACCAGUACAGGCUCCUCGAAACAGUAAUUGCAAGACAGCCCCGCUAUUUCUGUAAAUUCAUACGGAAUACGCCACUACUGCCAGAACUAAGAAGCAGUGAUGUCAGACUUCAUUGAGAGUGAGGCUGAGGAGUCAGAGGAGGAGUUUGAAGAGAAGGAGCUAAAACCCAAAAAGACCCAGAGAUUUAUGGAAGAAGAUGAUGAAGAGGAGGAAGAAGACACAGAGGAUCAGGAUGAACAGGGAAAUUUACGUGGACUUAUUGAUGAUGGGGAUGAGGAGGAGGCCGAAGAAGAAGAACCUCAACGAAGUGCAAGUGGAGGGGGGAGUGACUCAGAGGAAGAAGUAAGGCAUCGGCGUAAAAAGCGAAAUUACGACGACUAUCUGGACGAUGAUGACCUUGACCUAAUUGAAGAAAACCUGGGUGUUAAAGUGAAAAGAAGGAAAAAGAAAUAUGACCGUGUAAAAAUACUGGAUGAAGAAGACGACGACGAGAAAGACCUUAUCGCAGAUGAGAUCUUUCAUGGGGAUGGAGAGGGGGAGCUGGAGGAAGGCGAGGCUGUUGAUGAGCCCCUCCAACAGGCUGAUGAUGAUGAAGAAGGAGAGGAUGAGGAAUCAGAUAUAGAUGAUUUUAUCGUUGAUGAUGAUGGUCAGCCCAUCACUAAAAAAAGGGGCAAGAAGUUCUCAGGAUACACAGAUGCUGCUCUCCAAGAAGCCCAGGAGAUUUUUGGUGGAGACUUUGACUUUGCUGACUUUGAUGCAGAUGCUUAUGACCAAGGGGAGGAAGAAGAGGAAGACCAAGAUGAUGAAGGCUGGGACCGACCCAAGAAACAGACAAAGAGGCGCCUGGGAAGGAAGAGCAUCUUUGAGAUAUAUGAGCCCAGUGAGCUGGAGAGUAGUCACAUGACUGACCAAGACAAUGAGAUCCGCUCCACAGACAUGCCUGAGAGGUUCCAGUUGCGUUCCAUCCCUGUCAAACCUGCUGAGGAUGAUGAGCUGGAAGAGGAAGCAGAGUGGAUCUUCAGACAUGGCUUUUCCACACUUACUAUAUCUAUGCAGGAGAGUACAGAUUAUCUUGACAGAGGGACAACCACAAACUUCAGCAGGAAAGGCCCCAGCACAAUUGCAAAGAUCAAAGAGGCCCUCAACUUUAUGAGGAAUCAGCAGUUUGAGGUUCCAUUCAUAGCUUUUUACAGGAAAGAAUAUGUGGAACCAGAAUUAAACAUCAAUGACUUAUGGAAGGUGUGGCAGUGGGAUGAAAAGUGGACUCAACUGAAGACCCGAAAGCAGAAUCUGACACGGCUGUUCCAGAAGAUGCAGUCUUUCCAGUUUGAGCAGAUUUCUGCCGACCCUGACAAACCUUUGGCCGAUGGAAUCCGUCCUCUGGACACAGCUGACAUGGAGAGGCUGAAGGAUGUUCAAACGCUUGAAGAGUUGGGUGAUGUAUACAACCACUUUUUGCUUUACUAUGGUCGCGACAUCCCCAAGAUGCAAAAUGCUGCAAAAGCUAACAAGAAACGGCUGAAGAAGAUUAAAGUGUCAGAGGACGGUGAAGAGGAAGAAUUAGAGGUAGAGGAGGAAGAAGAACAGAAAGGACCUGACUUGAAGCUGGCGUCUCGUCGGGAUAUGUACAGCAUCUGUCAGAGCGUGGGACUUGAUGGCUUGGCUAAAAAGUUUGGCUUAACUCCAGAACAGUUUGGAGAAAAUCUUAGGGACAGUUACCAGCGUCAUGAGACGGAACAGUUCCCUGCUGAGCCCGUAGAGCUGGCCAAAGAUUACGUUUGCAGUCAGUUCUCUACUCCCGAAGCAGUGCUGGAAGGAACUAGGUACAUGGUGGCAAUGCAGAUUGCUCGAGAACCUCUGGUCAGGCAUGUUCUACGACAGACCUUUCAGGAGAGGGCCAAAAUCAACACUAAACCUACAAAGAAAGGCAAAAAGGAGGUAGAUGAGGCACAUUUUGCCUAUUCCUUCAAGUAUCUCAAGAACAAACCUGUAAAAGAGCUGAAUGGGGAUCAGUUCUUGAAGAUGUGCCUUGCAGAAGAUGAGGGACUGCUUUCCAUUGACAUCUGCAUCGACCUUAUCGGCGUCAAGGGAUAUGCUGGUGACCAGACAUAUUUUGAUGAGAUCAAACAGUUCUACUACAGGGAUGAGUUCAGUCACCAAGUGCAGGAGUGGAACAGGCAACGAACUUUAGCCAUAGAAAGAUCCCUGACCCAGUUCCUCUACCCUCAAAUGGCUAAAGAGCUCAAGAGCAAACUGAUCGCUGAGGCCAAGGAGAGCAUCGUCAGGUCCUGCUGCCGCCGGCUGUAUAACUGGCUUAAGGUGGCUCCUUACAGGCCAGAUCAGCAGGUUGAAGAAGACGAUGAUCUGAUGGAUGAAAGCCAGGGCAAAGGAAUUCGUGUACUGGGUGUUGCUUAUGCGCCUAGCAGGGAUACACCGGUUUUCUGUGCUCUAAUCAACGGCGAAGGAGAGGUUGGGGACUUCUUGCGUCUGCCUCACUUUAUGAAGAGGAGGAACGCCUUCAGGGAGGAUGAGCGAGAAAAGAAGGCCAAUGACAUUGAAAAUCUCAAGAAGUUUCUGUCCAGCAAAAAACCUCAUGUGGUGGCUGUCACAGGAGAAAAUCGAGACGCACAAAUGAUCAUGGAAGACAUCAAGAGGACAAUCAGCGAACUUGAGCAGGAGUCUUCUCUUCCUCCUGUGGGAGUGGAACUUGUUGACAAUGAACUGGCAACGUUGUAUAUGAACAGCAAGAAGUCGGAGGCUGAUUUUAGGGAUUACCCUCCCUUGCUUCGCCAGGCUGUGUCAAUAGCUAGGAAGAUCCAGGAUCCUCUGGUGGAGUAUGCUCAGGUCUGCAGCACAGAUGACGAUAUUCUCUGCCUCAAACUUCAUCCACUACAGGAACAUGUAGGGAAGGAGGAUUUACUCUCUGCUCUUUACUGUGAAUUCAUCAACCGGGUCAAUGAGGUUGGAGUGGAUGUAAACAGGGCCAUCGCUCAUACUCAUACUCAGAGCCUGGUCCAGUACGUGUGUGGUUUGGGGCCCAGAAAGGGCUCCCAUCUGCUGAAGAUUCUAAAGCAGAACAACACUCGGCUAGAAAACAGAACCCAGUUGGUCACCAUGUGCCACAUGGGGCCUAAGGUUUUUAUCAACUGUGCUGGUUUCAUCAAGAUUGACACGGCAUCCCUUGGGGACAGUACGGACUCGUACAUUGAGGUUCUCGAUGGCUCACGUGUCCACCCUGAAACGUAUGAAUGGGCUCGUAAGAUGGCUGUGGAUGCCCUAGAGUACGACGAGUCGGCGGAGGAUGCCAACCCAGCCGGGGCUCUGGAAGAAAUCCUGGAAAAUCCAGAACGUCUCAAAGAUUUGGACUUGGAUGCUUUUGCGGAAGAGCUUGAAAGACAGGGUUAUGGAAACAAAGGAAUUACUCUGUAUGAUAUUCGUGCAGAGCUGAGCUGCAGGUACAAAGACCUGAGGGUUUCCUACAGAGUGCCCAACACUGAGGAGGUCUUCAACCUACUCACCAAGGAGACUCCAGAAACCUUUUAUAUCGGUAAGCUGAUCACCAGUGUAGUAACGGGCAUUGCUCAUAGACGACCUCAGGGAGAAAGCUAUGACCAGGCCAUUCGCAACGAUGCUACUGGGCUGUGGCAGUGUCCCUUCUGCCAGCAGGACAACUUCCCUGAACUUAGCGAGGUGUGGAAUCACUUUGACAGCGGUUCAUGUCCAGGUCAGGCCAUUGGAGUGAGGUGCAGAUUAGAUAACGGAGUCCAAGGAUUUAUUCCGACUAAAUUUCUCAGUGACAAAGUGGUCAAACACCCUGAAGAGAGAGUAAAGGUGGGAAUGACAGUUCACUGCCGCAUCAUGAAAAUCGACAUUGAGAAAUUCAGCGUUGACCUCACGUGUCGCACCUCGGAUCUGAUGGACAAAGCAAAUGAGUGGAAACUUCCCAAGGACAGUUACUAUGACUUUGACACAGAGGCCGAAGACCAAAAACAUGACGAGGAACUCAAAAAGAAACAGCAGCGCACACCUUAUAUAAAGCGUGUGAUUGCCCACCCUAACUUCCACAAUAUAAGUUUCAACCAGGCAGAGAAGAUGAUGGAGACCCUGGACCAGGGCGACUUGAUCAUCAGACCCAGCAGCAAAGGAGAGAACCACCUUACAGUCACCUGGAAAGUGGCUGAUGGCAUCUAUCAACAUGUUGAUGUGAGAGAAGAAGGCAAAGAAAACGCAUUCAGCUUAGGGCACACGCUCUGGAUCAAUACUGAGGAGUUUGAAGAUCUGGAUGAAAUUACUGCUCGGUACAUUCAGCCAAUGGCAUCAUUUGCCCGGGAUCUACUUGGACAUAAGUAUUUCCAGGACUGCAAUGGAGGCAGCAAAGAGAAAAUGGAGGAGUUAUUGGUCAGGACAAAGAGGGAGAAGCCGACUUUCAUUCCAUACUUUGUUUCAGCUUGUAAAGAUCUGCCAGGAAAGUUCCUACUGGGUUACCAGCCUCGUGGAAAACCACGGGUUGAGUAUGUCACCAUCACCCCAGACGGCUUCCGCUACCGUUCCCAGAUAUUUCCCACAGUCAACGGACUUUUCCGUUGGUUUAAGGACCAUUACCAAGAGCCUGUACCAGGCGUCACUCCUAGCAACAGCAGCCGAACAAGGACACCUGCCUCCCUCAACGCCACCCCAGCCAACAUCAACAUUGCAGAUUUGACCCGAGCCGUCAAUGCCCUUCCACGCAACAUGACAUCGCAGAUGUUCAAUGCCAUUGCUGCGGUCACAGGCCAGGGCCAGAACCCCAACACCACCCCUGCACAGUGGGGCUCCAGCCAGUACGGCUAUGGUGGAAGCACAGGAGGUGGAGGAGGGAGCUCGUCUGCUUAUCAUGUAUUUGCUACACCUCAGCAGCCGAUAGCGACUCCCAUGAUGACUCCGAGCUAUUCCUACACCACACCGAGUCAGCAAACCCUGGGCACGCCGCAGUACCCCGGCUCCACCCCGCAGUCUUCGCACUCUCACGCACAUUCUCACCCACACGGAAGCCACAUGCCACACCACAGCCACCACGGCCAUCACAGCAGCCACCAUGGCCAUUCGUCCAGCACUCCGUCAUCCUCCACCUCAUCCAGAGGACGGACACCACAGCAACAGCAGCAGCCGCAGCAGCCAAAGGCAAGCGGCAGCAAUGCGUCUGCGGUGGACUGGGGCAAGAUGGCGGAGCAGUGGUUGAAGGAGAAAGAAGCGGAGGGGCGGAAGAAAGGCCAGAGGAUGACACCGCGGCCGUCGCCCAGCCCCAUGAUCGAGAGCACGCCCAUGUCCAUUGCUGGAGAUGCCACGCCGCUGCUGGAUGAAAUGGACCGAUAGGACACAGAGGGGGGCGUCGUUACACCCCCUACCCACAUUCACCCUCUGUUCUGCUGCGUUGAGUCUGUAAUGCAACCCAUCAGCCCUUUCAUUCAGAAAGCCACUAGGUGGGGCCCGCUCCAAUCAGCUGACUGCCCAUCCAUGCUCACUUCACUUCCUGAUAGAUUAUCUACAGUUUAUCAGUUUGGCAUGAUGACCCAUCUCAGUCCUGUCCACCGGUUUCAUCUCCUCUCCUCCAGAUGAUGGCUCUGGUUACAUAGUAUUUUGUAUAGUAAAAAUAACACUGUAAAUGUCAUGCAGAGAUGUCAGUACAAUGACAAAAAACUUGAAAUAUCUGACAGCAGUUAGGAAAUAGGAAAUGGACCUACACAGACUUUGUCAGACAAGCUGUCCUGCUAUCUUUAUUUUUGUGAUUGCUUUUAGUUUAAUCCAUGAAUAGUUUGACAGGGGCACAGUUACGGUCUCCAGAAACCCACUGUCCUCUCCUGCGGUUGGUGGAUUUUUUGCGAGCAAUUGCCAAAAGCGCUUUGCCAAGCCAGUCAGAAAAGCGAAUUUUUGUAUGGAAUGCAUCAGAAAGAAUAAAGACAUUUUUUCUUUUCUGUUCGAA